AUGGGCUAUCCGGUAAGGGGACAGAGAACAAAGACAAACGCAAGAACUGCUAGGAAGUUAAACGGAAAAUGGUUAAGAAAAGUUGAAUUUAGCACCCUUGCUAAUCCUUCUGGGACUACGACACAAAGCCCUUUUGUAAGAAGCUACGGUCUUCCAUUAUUGACGCCUUUCAGACCAUUUGAACGAUUCUACAACAAAUUCUUUUGA